AUGGAGGAUUCUGACCAGAUUCCAGAUUUCUGCGAUGUCCUGCCACGAAAGAGCAGGAAAGAAAAAGAAACAAAGACCGAUGCUGAAUCGCACGAGGAUGACAGUGAUACCGAUGACGACACCCUGUUCACCUGUUCCGAAGAAGGAUGCGUAAAAGCUUUUCAAAGAUUUUCGUCGCUACAAAAACACCUAGACUUUGGAAAACACCAAUAUGCUCUAGAGAAAGAAACUUUUCUUGAUCGGGCUAUGCAGAUAUAUGCUGAGAAUUUGGAGAGUGGGAAGGCGAACAUUGAGGAAGUCCAGGAAUCUGCGUCACAACCUAGCUCAGAUAUACCCCCAUUACUGAUGGGUUGGGCUUUGAAAUAUAGUUCAUCUAGCCGACGAUUUACGGAAGCUCAGAAGAAAUACCUAACAGACCUGUUCGUUCUUGGAGAGCAAACAGGAAGAAAAGCGGAUCCGGAACAGGUAUCCAAAGCUAUGAGAAAAACACGGGGUGCUAAUGGGUCUUUUCUGUUUGACGCUGGAAGCUAUUUCACAUCAAAACAAAUUACUAGCUUUUUUUCCCGUUUGUCUGCCAAGAAAUCUCUUCCAGCCACCUGCUUAAGCACAGCUGAUAACGAUGAAGAAGAAUCGAUUGACGAUAUGCUAGCAUCACAGGAAGAAAUAGAGUUUGAACGCGUGCGACAAGAGCUUCUCAGCGAAUUUGUCAUUGCUCAUCCCAUUGUCUUCGAUACCUAUAACAUCUGCCAAAUGGUUGCUGUCUCCGGUCUUUCGAAGUUAUCUAUAUCUGUGUUACAAGACAUUUGUAAGUACUUUGAACUUGACUGUUCAGAUAUAACAAAGAAACGAAAGCAGCCUUACGCUGAUAUCCUUACAGAGUUUGUCAAGAAUUCAUGCACAUGUACCAAUUAA